AUGUCAGCGCCCAUUGGAACGACGGUUGAAGACUCAAGCAGUGAAGAUGAUCUAGAAAGGUUUAAGGAAGCAACUUGGAGUUUUCCUACGUGUGGUAAUAACGAUGUUGGGAACAAGCUAUCCCGUCGUGUCUCUGUGUCUAAACAUGAACAUGAUGGGAACGAGCUUCAGACGACACCAGAGUUCCGUUUGCAUGUUGCAAAAAAAUUAGGGGCAAUCCUUGACAGUUGCAUUUCAGUGAUACCUGCAGAAACGUCAAAACCCCCACCUUGCACUGAGUCAACCAAAUGUGAAGAUGAAGAAGGUUUCCGGCUUUUCACUACAUCCAUCCCAGGAGCAUUGUCCAUUGAACAACCUCCUCCUCUCAGACAGAGGCCUGUUCCCAGCUCAAGUGACAGUGACAGUGAGAUGGAGGUGCGACUUAGAGAGGCGGCGGUGUCAGUCACAGACCUCGUGGCAUCAGCUCUCCCACUGGCAGUUGUUCCCUCCCUCUCAGAGCCACCCGCCUCGAAGAAAAUAAAGAAGAAAAAGAAAAAAGACCGGGGCAAAGCAGAGGAGGCAGAAAGACAGGACAGCAACGUCAGCCCUGCCCCAAAGAAAAAGAAGAGGCGGAAAACGUCCCAGGGGGACUGUGGGGUGGUAAAGAACGGUGGAGAAUCCUCUACUGAUGCGAAAACAGAGGAUCAGAAAAGGCCAGAGGACAGUCAACCCCGGAAGGCCAAGAAGAAAAAGAAACAAAAAGUCUCAGAUUAAAGGGUAGAAGAGAAUGUAGAAAAGCGCUGAAAGCUUUCUGGACUAUACACUUUUCAUAUUACAGAAUUAAAAUGUGGUUUAUUUUGAUAUUAUAAUGUAAAACACUGGAACCCUUCCAUAUGGGCCAGUUUGAUGCAAUGCUCUUAUUAUGGUGGACUGGUGUCCUGUUACUAUAUAUAUACUCACACACAUACUUAUUUGCAUUUGUUCUUACAUGGCAGUUCAUACAGUGUUAUUUUUUUGGAAAAUCACAGCAAUUUGUACUGUUUUAUAUUUCUUGUUUUCCUGGAAUGCAUUGCCAAAAUGUUUAAUAAGCCUUCCACCAAAUCUCAUUACACCUUUCUCUGCCCAAGGCAAUAUCUGUGCUAUGCCAUGUUUUAUAAAGAAAUCAGAUUACACUGAG